AAACGGUCGUGCUUUUUUGGGUCAUAGGAAGUAACUCGCUUGUUUUUACAUACAACAGCGCGUUGUGUACUCAGCAUCAUUUGCCUUACUCUACCUUUCCUUCUGAUACACAAUCAAGUCCUGCUUCACAAGAUGUCCAUUGUGAAAAGUGGUUGGCUCCACCGACAGAGUACCAUUUUACGUCGGUGGAAGAGAAACUGGUUUGACUUGUGGGCUGAUGGACGAUUGGUUUUCUAUGAUGACCAACAACGUCGAGACAUGGAGGAUGAUAUUCACAUGAGAGUAGACUGCAUUAACAUUCGCAGUGCUACUGCAUGUCAAGAGCUGAACCCACCAGAUGGAAAGAGCCGUGAUGCCUUGCUCCAGAUAGUUUGUAGAGAUGGGCGUGUCAUCAGCCUCUGUGCAGAUGGUGCAGAUGAUGCAAUGGCUUGGAUGAUGGCUCUUCAAGAUGCUAGAAUUAAUGUGAUGAUUAGUCCUCCUCAAAUUGGCUUUGGACAAGAAGUGGUUGCAUCUGCUCCUCCCCCUUAUUCAGAAUACCCUACUCCACCUCAGCAGGUUUAUGCCCAGGGCCCAUAUGGCGACUAUGCUGCACCUCCACCACACGGUACCCAGAUCAUGUAUUCUGCUGAUGGGCAGCCUUAUGCUGUUGCAUAUCCCUAUCAAUACCAAGGAGCGUAUCCUCAUCCUGGGGUGAACCAGGUCAUUGUUCGAGAACGCCAGCGUGAGGAUGCAGGAGACGUGGCUUUGGGCAUGCUUGCAGGAGCUGCGACUGGGUUGGCUCUUGGCUCUCUCUUUUCUGUCUUCUAGUGUCUGCACAGGAGCUGCAACCUAACUAAUAAUACACAUCUAGUGGCACACUUUAUCCUAUAUUUGCAGCAUUUUAGCUUCUUCUCUGUAAGAUUUCAUAGAGAUGGAGUAAAAUGUAAGUGUAUAUGUUUGGUUUUUCUCCACCUAUGAGGCAUGAUUGUGAUGUGCCAGUGAAAUAAUCCUGUUGUGUCCUUACCAAAGCCUUCCAUAUAUGCGGUUAGCACUUUCUAAUAGGCCCUUGGUUGUGGCAUUUCCCCACUCCCUUUGUUUUGUAUGAAUAUGAAUGUACGUAUGAAGAAACAAAGACUUAUUUAAGCUCAGGAGAAGAGGUUUCUUUCAGGUCGUGUACAUUUCAGGUCCCCUUACUGGAUGUCCCUUUUUUUUUUAAAGCCAUCAGUUUGUUUGUUGUGAUUUGUCAUACAGCCAUCCCUUUUGCUGUGUUAUCUUAGGAGGAAUAUAUAUAAUGAGCUUUUUCAUGUUUUACACGGUUGAUUUUUUUUUUCAUGCAUUGUACUUUUUGUUGCAUUUCUCCACUUUGUGCCCUACAGUGUUGCCUGGUAAUUGGUCUUUGCAAUAAGCCAGAUACUGAGAUACUGAAUUUUUGUACAUUCGCAGCUCAUUUGUGAUGGGAGCGGGUAAGGAGACAUGCAGUGUCAGGAAGUGUGCACAUGCAAUACAAUAAUCUCAUGAGCUUUAUUUUGCAUUGUGAUGGACAGUGACAUGCUGGGCCUGUCUGAAUGUGAGGCCACCUCAUCACUACAACUGUUGUGUGUUGAAAACACUGACAUAGGCUGAGCUUGGGGGUAAAAAAGGGACUUCACUCUUUUCAUCACUUAUAUUUGCAUGCCAUUUAUUUCUUCUCCACUGGCAGCUGUUGAUUCUUUGACUUUUGAAAUGUGUGGAUGGAUUCGUAGAGGUUCAUUCUGGUUGAAGCAAACAGGCAUCAGGUUUAUCAUGGUAUAUCGGUGGUCUCUUUAGAUUUACAUUACAUUUAAUUGACCUGAAUUUGACUUUGACACCCCACUCCAACUUAAUAAUGGCAAAAUAUGACUUUACUCAUAUGUUGCCAUUGUUCUUGUUAUUUAUAGUUUUACCUAAACACUCUAAUAUCCACUUUGUGCUGCUUAGCUAAGGCAUACUGUAGAAGGGAAAUCUACGUCGGCUUUUCUAGCUGAAUAGUUCAUGACUCCAAUAAUGUGUUUUGAUUCAAAACUCGUAAGACAUUUGUACCUCUCUGUUUCAUUUCAAAUCAAAAACCAACUAUCUUGUGCUGAUCCAUUCUCCAGUGAUCUUAAGCUUGUUUAAAAGAUGUGAAAUGAAGUUAAAAACCCAUUGUCAUCAUUUAGAACAUUAAUCAUAUUAAAAAUUUACCCAACAUUUGAAGUAAAAAUAUCUGACCAUUAAGAAGUGUAUUUUAACUACUAAAUGUAUUCACAAG